CGAUUUGACAGCCGAAGCAGCGAACGAAGGCAGAAUUGACUUCGCUUUUGCGCCUUUACAGUUCCGUUUUGGCAACAUAUUCGUGGAUAAAGAAUUAAAGAAGAUUGUACUUCGUGGAACAAAAUUUAAGGCGCGUUUCCUUUCAUUUGCGUUGAUAGUAAUCGAAUUUAUUCUAAUGAAAUUUAAGCACGAAUUGGAGCUCGAUUUAACACUAUUGCAACCCUGGAUACCUAUUAACCCAUUAUAUUUUGUGUAGGGCACGUCAGCGACUAUGAGUUUUUCUUCAAAGGUGCUGUCGAACAUAAAACGUUCAAAUGAUUCAGAAGAGGAUGAAUGCGAUCAGCAUAACGCUUCAUUACUGAAAGUUUUAAAUUCUAUUCCUGCAACAGAAUUUGAUACGCUGGUGGAUGUAAAUCCAAGCGGUGCGGAUUUCAAGGAAGAAUCCGAAACUUGCAUUGAUCCUUUAUUUAACAAUGUGGAAAUUACUUCACAAAAUUCCUACACAUACACAUAUCAGGAUGCUGACAUACUAGAAACUGAUGAAAGUGAGGGUGAUGAUAAUGAAAACAAUGCAACAAGUCAACUUAACAAAAGAAAGCGACGUCAAGAUGAAUUCAGAGGACUUAAUGGGUUUUUAUGGAAAACCGCGAGAACAAAUGGAGCUGAAAACGAAAAGUUUCAAUCUGCACUACAAUUGCUGCAACCUAGAGGCAAAGGGCCCGCCCACACAAUGGGAAGUAUACUGGAAAUGUGGAGUUUACUUCUUGAUGAACAAAUUAUCACUCAAAUUUUGCAUUACACCAACAUAGAGAUAAAGGAAAGGAGAGCGAAAUUGCCACAUCAACGGUUAAUCGAUGCGGUAGAGUUUCGCGCUUGGAUAGGGCUUAAUUAUCUUUGUGGUAUAUUUCGUAAUGCUACUCAUAAUGGACCACUGGACGAAUUAUGGUCAUUGGAGUUAGGAAAUGCUGUAUUUCGCGCCACAAUGCCUCUGAAAAGAUUCAAAUUUAUAUACGAAUGCUUAAGCUUUGGAGAAAAUGACGUAAAUGGAAAGAAAUAUAAUUCCCGGUCAGUAUUGGAUAUAUGGAACAAGUUUUUAGUAAACUGUCGUUCAUAUUAUGCACCAAGUGGUAAUUGUUCCGUUGACGAAGUGCUGAUUAAUUUGACAAAUUCAAGUGAAGAUUCGCAAUUGUUAACGUUAUGCGAUGCAAAGACGCUUUAUAUGUGCAAUGCGAUUCUGCACCCAAAAGGGGCUUAUACGGAACGUGACGUGCUACGACUGGUAUCCGACAUUAAAGGAAGCAAAAGAAAUGUAGUACUUCCGCCAAAAUUUAUUAGCGUAGAACUAACGAAUAAACUGAUGGAAAUGGACUUGUCUGUAGUAGGCAUGUUGCCCAAUAAUGCUUUGGAGCUGCCAGCAGACCACGCGUCGAACAGUGGUUGGCGAAGAUUAUACUCGGAUCAUUGCACAUUAAUAUCAAGUGAAACUUGUCCGGAAAAUUUUUUGGCCAGCGGCAUUCCGAAAACAAUAAAUGUAGAACGUUUAUACAAUUUAAGCUGUAAUGCAUGCAAAACUUACAACAAAGAAUGUUGUACGUAUUCAACGAGACAUACAAUACCAUACAAUGGCGUUCUUUUCUCGGCUAAUUUCUUUCAGAACAUGCUUGACUAUGCCGCAUUAAAUUCAUGGAUACUUUUUGUGCUUUCUUCUAAUGGCGAUAAAAGCAUAAAACAAAGAAACUUCCAACGACAUCUUGGUCUAUAUCUAACACAGCAACAACUUAAACGACAACUUAAUUCGAAUCGUUUAACAUUGCCACAAAAAGUACAAAUCUCCGAAAUUCUGGGUGAGCCAACCGACCAACUAUUCGCCAGCGCCACAAGCGAGGCACAUGGAGAAACUAACUUUAUCUUUUUACAAACAGAUAAAAUGAAAAUACCUGACGGUAUCAAGUUAUUUCCAAAAAAUUUACAAAGUCGUUUAUGUUGCCGAAAGUGUCCCAGUAAAAAUUCGCGAAAAACAAAAACGCGGUGCCAACAAUGCCUACGUCCGCUUUGCCAAAAACAUUUUAUACUGCGUUGCCGGGAUUGUACAGGUGUCCCGGAAACAGUUGCAGCCACAGAGGCAAACAAAUCAGAGACACUUAUAAGUGAAAGUGAUAAUGAGGACGACGGGAAUAAUAACGACCCUUAGUAUAGUAAUUGCAGUAUUAUUUUCGAUAAAUGCGUUUGAAUUUCUUGAUGUGGAUAAGUAGAAAUUAAUGGUCAAUGCAGUUUAUAUUAUAUUUUUUUAUUGGGACUUCACAGUAUCAAAAUCAUUAAAUUAAAGAUUCAAAUUACUUUCUGCAAGCGGUAACUUCUGGCAGUUUUGCUCAUGAUUUGGAAACGGAAAUAAAAGUAGUAGCAAGUCGAUAACAGCGAUUUGUUUACGAGCCAAAUAUCAGCUGAUUGUUAUCGACAAAUAUACACAUAUGAAACGUUUAGAAUUUUGAGAGAAAUGUUUAAAAUUUAGAUCCAAGCUAAAUACACAUGGAAAAAAUAAAUGUGCCUUUGGCUCUAGUGUUUAUUUUGAGGACUGGAAGGACGUACGUGCUUAGAGGCACUACGCUACCUUCCUUUGGUAACACGUUGCAAUGAUUAUAGGAUAAUUAAGGAUCUACCCAAAUCAAAUAAUAAAACCUUAAUUUAAUUCUAUAAUUCCUUAACGUCGAAUUUAAUACUUUUAAAAUAUAU